ACACCAGCUUAGGCGCAUAUACCUCGCAUGCAGGACGAGGUCAUUUGGGAAUGAACGCUUUUCUCUGGUUUGCUGACGUCGCCUGCCCGCCUAUGAACGACACAUUGCUGGAUUUGUCGAGUGGACAUGCAUGACCCAAACGGAUCCCUUUCCGUCGACUUAUGAUGGUCAUGUGUGACACUAUCUAUCAACACCAUUCUGCAGGCAUGUCAUUCCCCACCAGACCACCAAGCUCUCCGACAUGACGCCUCCCCCGGGCUCCCUGUCCGGUCAACGACCCUGGGACACCCAAGCGUUCCCAAGCAAGACGAAAAGCUCUAACACCGCCCGCGCCGGCGGGACGGUAACCUCCCGUCCGGCAUCCGGGCGAGCCGACGUCCUUAUCCAACGAGUUUACCGUUCAGGCAACUCAACUCAACUCAACUCAAUUCCGCGAUGAUCCCGCGUGCCUGCUUAUGAAACUAUGAGUGUGGCGCACAACUAUGUUUAUCAUUAGCGGACGGUUGUCUUCAAUCAAAGGUAGUGGUCUCCCGAUGUUCUUCCAUGUCUCCGAUAUCGUCGUUUGAAUAAAACCGCAACGCACUCACUUGACAGCACUCACUAGUCACUAACUCCCGAAUUAGGAACAAGAAAACAGAAUGCGAAUAAAAAUAAGAAUAAGAACGGGAAAAGGAAAACGUAAUAGAAUGUUUCAGCUCUGCAAGUCUAGUUUAGCUCGAUGAACGUGGCUCCAC